UAAUUCCGUAAUAUAUCACGGUACCUCGUAAAACCGACACUAAAACGUCCCGGCCUACAAAUCACCCGGCCAAAUUAUGAGUUCAUUGUAUUAUGCGAAUGCUUUAUUUUCUAAAUAUCAAGCCGCAAGUUCAGUUUUCCCAUCCGGCGUCUUUCCUGAGCAAACUUCGUGCGCUUUUGCCUCCAAUACCCAGCGAACGGGGUAUGGAUCCGGUUCCAGCGCUUCGUUUGCUACCAGCAUGCCUGGGCUCUACGCCAAUGGGAGUAGCAUGCACCCCCAAACCUCUAGCAUGUAUUCCACCAGCUACGGCCUGGAAACCAGUUCUUUCAACAUGCACUGUUCUCCGUUUGAGCAAAACCUCUCGAUGAUGUGCCCGGGAGACGCCUCCAAGCAGACUUGCAGCAAAACGGAUCAGAGGGACUCAGACUUGCAAAGCGAGAGCAACUUCCGGAUCUAUCCCUGGAUGAGGAGUACAGGGACUGACAGGAAAAGAGGACGUCAGACCUACACCAGGUACCAAACCCUGGAGCUGGAGAAAGAAUUCCACUAUAACCGCUAUUUGACCAGAAGAAGACGCAUCGAAAUCGCUCAUGCUUUGUGCCUGACAGAGAGGCAGAUCAAAAUCUGGUUCCAGAACAGGCGCAUGAAGUGGAAAAAAGAAAAUAAAACUGCAUGCACCAGUUCAAAUAGCCAGGAAAAACCAGACGCUGAAGAUGAUGAAGAAGAAUGAAAGGGAUGGGUUUGGGUGAAGGGGACUUUAGUCCAGAAAGCUAAUCCAGGAAACGUGAAACCUAAACAUAAAGGACUAUAUAUAUAUAUAUAUAUAAAAAUAAAUGAAAUCAAAAUAAAAACAAGCCUAAGAAUGGUGCAUUCUGUUUCCUGAUACUGAAAAAAAAAUACUACCUAUGUUAGUCUCUCUUUUUUUUUUUGUACAAUAGAAUGGAUAAUAAUAUCUACCUAUUAAAUGUGGCUUUAGAGUCAGAUAGACACAUUUUUCUAUGUGAGUCUUCAUACAGUACAAGUAUUUGUAAAUCUCCCUGUUUGUAUUUCCUUGUGUACUUUUUUGGUAUGAAGUAAUGUGGCCGUGUUAGCACCUUUAAUUAGAAAAUGUGAUCUGAAAGUAUGAAGGGAAAUUAUACAUAGCGUAUAUAGUACUCUGUACAUAAUAUGAAUUAUGAUGAUCGCUUGUUCUGUUGUAACCUCUGUGGUUCUUUUCUGGUUGCGAUGCUGUUUUUGUCUGUGUAUAUUUUUACCUGGACCACUUCCUUGUUCAAGUCAUUAGAAAAAAUGAAUUAAUAUUGUGCUGAGUAAAGCGGUGUAUAUCAAGGUAGACGAUUAUUUAAUAGCAGCGAGUUUCUUUUUCCUGGUUUGUGAUUAUUAUUCUUCAAAAUAAAAAUAAUAAAAACAC